GACAUGUCUCCUCUCCCCUUCCUUUAUUAGCCUCUCUUUCUCUCUUUUUCACUCUCUUGAUUCUUUUUUAUAAACAAAAGAAAGAAAGAGAGAGAGAUCUUCCUCGGGAUCGCAACAUGCUGGACUACGAAUGGGAUAAUCCUUCCUCCCUUGUUCUCUCCGGAGAUGAAAGAAACCCGGACUCUGACCCGACCCGAUCCUCCCUCUCUUUUUUCGACCCCAUCUCUCAUUACAACAACGACCACCGCCACAUCACCAUUUCUCCUCCCCUCCUCUCUUCCUUCUCUAAUAACCAGCAACAUCACCUCACCCUCUACGGCCAGACCAGCAACAACAACCUGAUGCUUCAUCAUCAUCACCUGUACGACCCACGCACCACCACUCCUUACGGCGCCUCCGAUCCCAUGUACCAUCCCCACUCGUCCGCUCCAGCCUCCAUGUUCUCCUACGACCAGACCCCACCCGGCUCGGGAUCCGGAUCUUCCUACAACUUCCUCAUCCCCAAGACAGAAGUGGAUUACACGUCCAACAGGAUCGGGCUGAAUCUGGGAGGCCGUACGUACUUCUCAGCCGCGGACGACGACUUCGUGAGCAGGCUGUACAGGAGGUCUAGACCAGGUGAGUCAGGGAUGGGGAACUCGCUGAGCACGCCGCGGUGCCAAGCCGAGGGAUGCAACGCGGAUCUGAGCCACGCGAAACACUACCACCGCCGGCACAAAGUGUGCGAAUUCCACUCAAAAGCAUCGACGGUUGUAGCCGCCGGACUAAGCCAGAGGUUUUGCCAGCAAUGCAGCAGGUUCCAUUUGCUGUCGGAAUUCGACAACGGGAAACGGAGCUGCCGUAAGCGACUUGCUGACCAUAACCGCCGCCGCCGUAAAUGUCACCAAUCUGCCUCCGCCACCCAAGACGCCGCCAAGCCAACUCCAAAGUCACCGAAGGAUUCGGGUGUAGAAGCGUCGCCGUCCAACGCGCCGACUACGAUAUCAUUGGAGUGCUUCCGGCAAAGACAGUUCCAAACGACAGCGUCGUCUUCCACGUCAGCGUCUUCCUCCUCAAAUUCAAUGUUUUUCUCAACCGGAUAGCUAGCUAGCAAUUUACUUCUAUAUAUGCUUAAUUGAUAAAAUUUUAAGGACUCUUCUUCGGUAGCUGCUAUAAUCUGAAUUAGUCGUCGAUUAUGUGUUAUGUUUAAUUUCAUGUCUCUCUCGUUUGUCGUUUUGAUAUUGUUUUUCAUGACUUAAUUAGUAGAGGUUUAAUUAUCUAAUUAACCAAUAACAACAUA